UUCUCGGCGGGCGAGAAGGGCCGUUGCGGCCCGGGAGCAGGGCCAUGGAGAAGCUUCGGAGAGUCCUGAGCGGCCAGGACGACGAGGAGCAGGGCCUGACUGCACAGGUCCUGGACGCCUCGUCCCUCAGUUUCAACACCAGGCUGAAAUGGUUUGCCAUAUGCUUCGCCAGUGGCAUCGUCUUCUCUAUUCUUGGAACUGGAUUGCUGUGGCUUCCUGGUGGCAUAAAGCUUUUUGCAGUGUUUUAUACCCUUGGAAAUAUUGCUGCCUUAGCCAGUACGUGCUUUUUAAUGGGACCUGUGAAACAACUGAAGAAAAUGUUUGAAACAACGAGAUUGCUUGCAACGAUUGUUAUGCUUUUGUGUUUCAUACUUACCCUGUGCGCUGCUCUUUGGUGGCAUAAGAAGGGGCUGGCCUUAUUAUUCUGCAUAUUGCAGUUCUUGUCAAUGACCUGGUAUAGUCUGUCAUACAUCCCGUAUGCAAGAAGGAAAUUAUUUUUUAAAUGAGUGGAAUAGAAGCUUGCCAUAUCAAGUAAAAAACAUGUUGAACAGAUGUAACAGGUAGGCUGGGAAUGUACUUCUGAUUUACCACCUGAACAUUUGCAGUUAGUGAAUUUUGGCAAGAGAUUCUAGAUGCUUUCGCGACUGCAAGUAUUCAGUAAAUAGGAUAUGGAGACUUCAGCAAAAAUAAAUUCUACUUUAAAAAAAAAGAAAGUUAAUGAAAAAAUGAAUCUGAUACAGAAAUGUUUGUUUUAAGCCAGUAGAAACAUAUUUAUUCUGUAUGUCAAGAGGUAAUUGCUGUUUUCUUGUAUCUUUUCAGAGAAAGGUACUAAUUUAAUUAUGGAGGAAAAAACAAAUACUUAAUUGCAGUCUUCAAUCUGACCGGUUUGGAGGAAUAUUCUGUUGAGGCACAGCUUUGUUUCUUUGUGAAAUUUGGAACAUAGGUUGCAUAUGAAAAACAGCGGAAUUGUACGCCUGAUAUAACAGUGAAGGAAAUUGAUAGCAGUUCUAUUUUUAUUCAGUUUCAAAUGGAUGAUUCUUUUUGAUGAACACUUAAAAGGAGAAAAAGCAAAGCAGGGUCAGCUAAAGGAGAGCAGGCUUAGAACAGGAGCGCAGAGGUAACUUGCCAGUCAGUCCUCAGGACCUUGGCUGGGAGAGCUCUUGCUGUUUCUCAACGAGGGGAAAAGGUGCCCCAAAUGAUGUCCACUGCAGUAGAGCUGGAGCUCACAGCCAGGGCAGGGCGUCUGGGCAGUGACCACCCUCCCCAGAAGUGUCGGACCCUGCCCUUGAGAGCAGCAUACAGUCUGUCCGUACAUCUCCAGUCUGUUGGUGCUCGCCUUAACAGUCCGUAUUCAUAUAACAACAGUUGAAACUAACUGUUGUGAAGAGAAAUGUGAAAGGCCAAUGAGGUUUUUCACAUGAAUUUUUUUGGAAUUCUUAGGGACAUAGUUAUAAAUGUUCUCCUUUUUAAAAUUCAGUUCGUUGUUUCUUUUUAAAAAUACUUUUGUUGUUUUGGGUAUUUACAUUUAUUUCUUCAUAAUAAAAUUAGCAUAUGUGUUGUUUAAGAUUUCGAAACAAAUACCAUUUUAGCAACUAAGAAAUUAUUUCCAUGUCUCAGUUCUUGAUUUCAAGUGAUAUUCAACAAAGUUUUAAUUAUGGAAAGGUACUGGGGUUCCGCUGAGUUCUGACGGGAAAAGGUGAUCGUGUGUUUGUCUCUCGGCAGGAAUCUUUUUGCAAGUUCACUCUGGAGGCAGAUUAUUAUAUUGUUUUUCCUCUUGUUUUUUCACCAGGGAUGCGGUAAUUAAAUGCUGUUCUUCUUUGCUGAGUUAAAAAUCAGAAACUCUUUGAAAAGACCAUUUGAAAGCUGAUGUUCUGGUUUUGGUGAAGUAUACUUUUCCUGAUACAGUAAUCACUCCAAAAAAACAACUGCACUGACCAUUUAAGACCAUUUUGUAUACUGAUAAAAACUACAUGCUAAUUAAACUGUUAAAUGCUUGUGACGUUAAA